CACCCUUACUCCCUCUUCCAUGUCAAAGUCUUCCACAAUGCAAAUCACAAAACCACAUGUAGCCAUGCUUGCAAGCCCCGGCUUGGGGCAUCUUAUUCCUGUUCUGGAGCUUGCUAAACGCCUUGUUACCCAUCACAACCUCCAAGUCACCGUCUUAGUUGUGGCUUCUGACGCUUCAGAUGAACAAUUAUCUCAACUUCUCCACUCAAUAAACCAAGAUUUCCUUAAUAUCGUCUUACUCCCGUCUGUGGACAUCUCUGCCAUCGUCGAUCCGGAUGCAUCAAUAUCAAUAAAGAUUGUAGUUAUGAUGCAUGAGUCCUUGCCUCUCCUCCGAUCUGCGAUUUCUGCGAUGGCAAUUCGUCCAACGGCUCUGAUUGUCGACUUGUUUGGAACUGAAGCUAUGGCGAUUGCUGAUGAGUUUGAGAUGUUGAAGUUCGUAUUCAUUGCUUCUAAUGCCUGGUUUUUCGCUGUUGCUAUAUAUACUCCAGAAUUUGAUAACAAGGCGUUAGCUGAACACGUUUACCAGCACCAACCACUGAAAAUCCCUGGUUGCACUCCUAUCAAGUUCAAGGAUACCCUUGAGAUCUUUCCGCUUUUUGAGACUCCCAUUUAUGAUGGAUAUUUGAAUGCUUCAAGGUUGAUGUCAUCAGCCAAUGGGAUUCUGGUAAAUACCUGGGAGGAUUUAGAGCCCAAAACACUGAGAGCCUACAGAGAUUCUAAUUUGCUAGGGCGCAACUCCAAGGCACCUGUUUAUCCUAUUGGGCCAUUGGCAAGAUCCGUUCAACCGUCGACUUCAGGAAAAGAAAUACUGGAUUGGUUGAACAAGCAACCAAGAGAAUCAGUAUUAUAUGUCUCAUUUGGAAGUGGAGGAACAUUAUCAGCAAAACAAAUUGUAGAGCUGGCAUUGGGCUUGGAGCUAAGCCAACAAAGAUUUAUUUGGGUGGUUCGUCCCCCGGUUGAGAAUGAUGUUUCUGGGUCGUAUUUCUCUGUAGGAAUCGACUCUUCCGAUGGUCAAGAUUUUUUACCGGACGGGUUUUUAGCUCGGACCCAAAAGAUUGGACUGCUUGUCCCUAUGUGGGCUCCUCAAGCAGAGAUCUUGGCGCAUCAAUCUGUCGGUGGAUUUUUAACACACUGUGGAUGGAAUUCCGCCCUGGAAAGUAUAAUCAACGGGGUUCCGAUGAUCGCAUGGCCACUGUACGCAGAGCAGAAGAUGAAUGCCACGAUGCUGACGGAGGAGCUUGGGGUGGCUGUGCGUUCAAAGGAGAUGCCGUCAGAGAGAGUAGUGGAGAGAGAUGAGAUAGAGAUGAUGGUGAGAAAGAUCAUGGUGGACAAGGAAGGAUAUGCUAUAAGAAACAAGGUGAAGGAGCUACAAUUGAGCGCUGAAAAAGCUUCGAAUAAAGGUGGUAGCUCCUUUAAUUCACUUUCCCGGCUGGCCGAUGACUGCUGGAGUUUUGUCCAAACCUUGGAAGUAAAGGCUAAAGGUGGUUAAAACGAAAACAAUAAACCAUGUACACUAAAAUAACACAAAUUUAUAUAUAAAAUAUAAUAUAUUAUUAUACAA